GAGUGCAAUGGACAUGCAGUAUCAUGGAGUGUUGCACCAUUCGAUCCUCAUGAAUGGAAUAGAAUAGAAAAUGAAAGAAAGGACAAAAUACAUACAUAAGGCAGAGGCCGAAAGUAAACAUAUAUGUUAGUUUUGUGGAAGUAGAUGCAAACGCAAUGCAAUACAAGAUGAAAAACAAAAAGCAGUUAAAAUUAUUGGCGAAAAUAUCAAUGAAGUAUCGAAUAACGACGAAGCCUAAGCGGAAAUAUCCAAGGCAAGUAUAAGGUACUAUAUUUAGAAUCAAUUUUGUUUCUUCACUUUCAUAAUGGAAUCUUCAUCCACAUUCAAGUUCCGCUUCAGAGACCACUCGCUUCCGGACUCUCGAAAUUCUAUGCAUUCGUCGCCAAGCUCCGACGAUGUUUCCAUCCUCUCACUCUCUAAUUCUCUCACUGAUCAACCGGAGGUUCAUAAUUUCAAACUUGAUAUUCAAUCCAUCACUGGAAGGGGUAUCAAACAUCUCUGUGAUGAACUUCAAGAGCUCAGGGAAGCAGCAAAUCUAGAUUUACACAAAAAUAUCUUUGCUAAUUAUUCCUCAUUCCUUAGAAUACUAGAGGAAGUGACAGGAGUGGAAAAUGAGCUUGUGCAACUACAAAACCACUUCUUAUCUCAUCAAAUGUUAGUCAAGGAUCUUAAAGAUCGCAUAUAUCCUAAGAUACUGUCCAUAAACUCAACCAUUGGUGAAGAAUCUAUAGACAUUACACCAUCUCCGCCGAGCAAGUUUGAAGCUCAUGUCAAUGAUGUUUCAGAGAAGCUGGAUAUUCUCGUGUCAGAAAACAAAAUAGAUGAAGCCCUCCAACUUCUAGAAUCUGAAUAUGAACACUCACAUGAUGAUAAUGAGAUACUAUUAUAUAACACUGUGAUUUCUGAGAAAAAGUCCAUGCUUAUACAACAGUUGACACAGAUGGUUGAGAAUAAAAGAUUAGUAGGAUCAGAACUACAUAGUGCACUGGCUUCACUUUACAGGCUUGGAGAUACUCAAUUUGCUAUUCAUUUAUUGCUUAGAUACUGCCAUUUGUGUAUUGUAACAGGAAAAAACAAUUUGCAGUGGUCAAGCUCAUCAUUAAAUGAGAUAUAUAUCAGAAAGCUUGCAAGGUUUGUGUUUUCUAUGAUCUCACAAGCAGCUAAGAGCUUUGUGAUGUUAUGUGGAGAAACUUCUCCUUAUGCCUCAGAACUUUUGCUUUGGUCAUAUGAAGAAACAAUGUCAUUUAUUGCAUGUUUUGAAAAUUUUGUUAAAUGUAUAUCGACAGUAAGUGUUGGUUUGUCUUCUGCUAUAAAGAGUGUGAAGUUUGCUGUUAUGUAUUGUUCUUUGUUAGAAAAUCAGAAAUUAGUGCUAAAGCCAUACUUGGUAAAGCAUCUAUGCCCUUGCAUGGAAGAGGUUUUGAAUACACACAUAAACCACUUUAAGAAAGUGAUUCCUAUAUUUUCAGUAAGUGAUCCUUGGAUUCUAGAGAAAUACCUUGUGUCUGGAGUGUUUGGUGAAGCUGGUUCUUCAACAGAACAACCUGAUUUUUGCCUGCUAACUUCCAGCGGCCGGAAGGUUCUCACGCUAUUGCAGGCCAUUACAGAGGACGUUUCUCCGUUAGUUGCGCUUGAAAUGGGAAAUCUAGUCAUUAGUGGACUCAAGAACCUCUUUAAUGAGUAUAUCAUCAUACUUGAAAGAGCACUUACUUAUGAAACAAGUGCAAUGGAGCAAGAUAGUCCUAGAAUCAAGUUUGCUGAGUCAUUGACACAACAGGUUUCUAUUUUGGCCAAUCUGUCAACAUUGGUGCAGUUUCUGUCUACUAUGGUCAAAGGUAUCUUUAGCAGCAGAAGCACCAGUCACAUUGAUUCACAAGUAGUGGAGAACCACUCAGUUGUAAAUCAGCAUCGAGAACUUGAUGAUUUCUUGUUGUUUAUUGAAGAGGACUCCAAUAACAAGCUGAGAAAUGUGUUCUGCAACCAAUUAAUUCUUAGAGUGUUGUCUACUUGCAGUAGCCAUGAAAUAUUUCCAGCUACUCACUAUAAUCACCAGUUUGAUGAUAACACAAUCCACAAUCCAAUGCCUUCAGCAAUAUUUCAGGCUUUAUUUCUAGAACUAAGGAAAAUUGAAAAACUUGAAGAAGAAAAUGUGUUUGAAGGAAACUGGUUGAUGGAAUUACUAAGAGAGGUGAUGGUAUCUAUGUUUAUUUGGCUUUCCAAGAACAAAGAAAUGAAUGCAACAACAGAAGAGAAAGUGAGCUUACAAACUGAUGAAGCCAAACAGUUUAUUUUGGAUGUGCAAUUUCUGGUAGAAAUGGGAAUGUAUGGAGGAUACUUUUCAACUGAUCCUUUGCUCCUUCUCAAUCUCAUGAAAUCAACUUUUAACUCAGCUGGACUUGACCCUUUCAAAGAUGUAGAUAGUGAUGAUUGGGCUAUAGAUGUUGCUUCUGAAACAAUUCAAAAGCUGUUGGAGAUUGAGAAAACAAGUUUACAUCCAAAUGAGUCUAUAGUUGCCAUGAAAGAGGAGUUACAUGAACACCAAAACUAUGAAUGUAAUUUUUCUGAGGUAGAUGAUAUAAAUUGUUUAGAGGAUAAAGUAGACUUGGAGGAGCAUGGGUCAGAAAUUGCUGUUGUUGCAGAAACUGAUUCAACAACAUUUAGCAUUGGGGAGGGAUCAUUAGCAGAUAGAGAUUAUGUUGAUAUAGACAAUGUUAAUAUGAGACAGCAUAGUAUGAGUUACAUGCAAUUAGAGAAUACUGAUUUUGAAAAGACAACAGAUGUAGGAAAUGAUGAAUUGACUCCUAUACAUUUCUUGGGUGAGGUAGUACAGAAUUCUGAUCAAACUGAAUCUAAAUCAGAGGAGUGAUAUAUAAAAUUGUAUAAUUUCAUUGUAUUAUAUAUUCAUAGAAUUUUAGUUUUC